UAUCAGUUGUGCUUAUCAGUAAUCCUGUUGCAGCCUCAGACACGCCAUUCGGGGCAAAGACGCAAGUGCUGCUUUGUAUUCGGGGAGACUUCGAACCAGGAUGGGGAGUGCGCAGAGUAAGGGGGAAGGAAAUUUCUCCCAAGAUGAGUUAAUGCGACGAGAGGAAGAGAUGCUGCGACAGAGAGAAAAGGGAAAUCCUUCCCAAGAUGAGUUGAUGCGACGAGAGGAAGAGAUGCUGCGACAGAGAGAAAAACAAGAUAAAGAACUUCAGGAUCAGCGAACUGCUGGCAGAAGGAAACCGACCCAACAGGAGUUAAUGGACGAGGAAGAAAGGAUCCUGCGAGACAGAGAGAGGAAGUGGAGGAAUUUGCAGAAGUGAAGAAGCAAAGAUAAACACAAACACACACGCCUAACUGUUUGUGUAAUACGA